AUGGUUCAGCAGCAGAGGUCCGAAGACAGUGCCGCUGGCGUCCACGGGACGGGCAGCGGCAGAAGAGCGUCCAUCUUGUGCGGGAACAAUCCGCAGGCGAACACGGGGGCGGCCACGAGUCAGCCGCAAGGGCAGGGCCAGGGCCAGGGCCAGGGCCAGACACCGGGGUCGUCGAGUUCGAGCAGCAAUGCGGGCCACGGUCCGCUGCAGAACACAGUGUUCAUUCACAAGCUGUACAAUAUCCUGGAAGACGACGACCUGAAAGACUUGAUAUGGUGGUCGUCCAGUGGGCUGUCGUUCCUGAUCAGGCCCACGGAGCAGUUCAGCCGGGCGCUGGCGACGUAUUUCAAACACACCAAUAUCGCUAGUUUUGUGCGUCAGCUGAACAUGUAUGGGUUUCACAAGGUGUCCAACGACCACAACAAGGAUGUGCAGACAUCGACAACCACGUCCUCAGCGCAACAGCCGCCGCCGCCACCGCCGAGUGCGCACGGAGGCCCGCAAGUCGAUUCCGACGGCAUAAAGAUAUGGGAAUUCAGGCAUAGCACGGGGCUUUUCAAAAAAGGCGAUAUCGAAGGACUGAAAUUCAUCAAGAGAAGAUCUUCAAGAAACAUCACGCCUCUAAGCGUCAGAAAAAAUUCCAACCCAAACAGUGCGUUUGCGGGUGGUAUGGCGGACGAUGACAGGGAGAGAGAAAAUGAAAGCUUGAGAAUAUCGAGACCUCCCUCGCAGCCGUCGCAAAUUCAACUCCAGCAGCAGCAGCAGCAACUCCAGCAGCAACAACAACAACAGCAACAGUAUCAUCAACAGUUACAACAGUGGCAAAGAUCUCAAUUCAUGUCGAAUCCAGAUUUAGAGGUUCCCGCUCAAGCGCAGCAACAACCAGCAUUACCGCGGUCACAUUCGCAAAUAUCGCAUCAACAAUCUGCUGUUACUCCAGCAAAUGGUCCUGCAUUCUCUACGUACCCAUCGACUGACUCUUUUUUCAGCCAGAGGUAUCAUCAACAUAAUUUCGAUACGAAAUAUUCCGAAUUAUCACAAAACUUUAACGAUUUAAGAUAUGAUUACUCUAAUUUACAAAUGAAGCAUGAAGAAAAACUUGAAAGUCUUAGAAAUUUGAGUUUCGAUAUGACGAAACUUUUAGACUUUUUAGCCAGCUUUAUUUCCCUCCACAACAAUUCAUCAGUCACAUAUCGCGAGCUAAUCAGUAUUCAUAUAGAUGAAAAGAAAUUGAGCAACGAUUCUCAGAAAAAGCUUAAGAAUAAUGAAAUCGAAUUAAAUAAUUUGGAGCAAGAAUUGAUAAAGUUUAAGGCGAGCUUGAUAUCUCGUUCUCAAAAAAAUCCAGAUUUUGUACGACAACAACAGCAGUCGCAGCAACCAUUACAACCACAACCACUGCAUAAGCAACAACCGCAACCGCAACCGCAACCGCAACCGCAGCCCCAACCACACCCCCAAUCUCAUGCAUCUACAAAUUCCAUUUCAAUUCCGACAGCUCCAAAUUUAGCACCUAAUGUUUUCGUAGUUCCUGCUCCACCAGGAACAACUGUAAAUCCUCCUCAACCAGCUGGUCCUCCGUUUUUAGCUACUGAUAAUUUUGCUGCAUCAGGAAUGAUGAUGAUGAAUCCUUUCGAGAGUAACGGUCAUCAGACUUCAGCGAAAAGAAAUAUGAGUAUUUUAAUGGAUCCAUUAUCUUCUGCACCACCAAUAAAUGCAAUGAUACCUCCUCAUUUAACUUCUUCACCUGUCAGACAACCAUAUUAUACAAGUCAUACUCCAGGAAGUCAAAUUGUUCGUAAUCCAUCUCCAUUAAUGAACUCAACAAAGGCUCCUAAAUUCGAAAAUUCAAACAAUAGUGAAACAUCAAAUAAUUUGUCAUCAGCAACAACCAUAAAGAGAAAUACUCGUUUAUCGGUUAAAGACGGUACUUUUGUUAUGAAACCAUCAAAAUCAAAUGCAACAACAGUAGCGGCGAAUGGCAAAAGAAAUAGUGUUCAAAGUGAUGGUAGUAGUAGAAGUAAUAGCGUUGUUUCACUGGCAAAUGAAAAUUUCAUUUCAAAUGCUUCAAACACCGAAUUAACAGGUUCAAAAGAUAGUGCAACGCUUGGUUUACCAUUCAAGACUUUUUACUCGCAUAACAAUUCAAUUAAUGAACCUAAUAGUAGUGCUAAUAGUAAUAAUGAAUCCACGGUUUUACAAAAUUAUAACCAAAAAACAACGUCCGAAUCCAAUAAUAACUCCCAUCAAAAUAGACAAUCACCAUCAAAUGCAUUUAGUCAAAAGAAUUAUAAAGCUGCAGAACCAGAGAACAACAAUAGUAUGUCUGAGCUUUUUCACAAGCGUGAAUUAACAUCAACUGUCAAUGACGUUAAUAUUGACGCUCAAGUUAAUAUCGUAAGCCCAAUUCCAACAAGGUCGAUUAAUGCAGAUAUCGGUAGUAGCCGCGGGAGCAGCGGUGUUUAUUCCUUGCUUAACAAAGAAGGCUCAGCUGCUUCAACAAAUGAAGAAGAGAAUUCAGCAAAAAGAGUAAAAUUAUAG